CUUACUAUAAGCAAAUACCUUUGGCUGAUGGGUAGGUUGAACAUGUCAAAAACACCAUGCACCUUAAAACACUUUGCACCUCAAAAACACCAUGCACCUUAAAACACUAUGCACCUCAAAAAUACUAUGCACCUUACAACACUAUGCACCUUACAACACUAUGCACCUUACAACACUAUGCACCUUACAACACUAUGCACCUUAGAAACACUAUGCACCUCAAAAAACCAUGCACUUCACCACCAUGCACCUCACCUCCACCAUGGCGAGAGCGCAAAGUGAGCAAUGUGCUGAAGCGGUAACGUACUUUGUACUUUGUAGAAUAUAGUACCUAGUGUCUGCGAGAUUGUAGAGAUGACAGCAGUCAACAACGCCGACGCGUGUG